CUACCCGAUGCACCCCAGUCGCACACCACUUGGCGAGUCACUCGGCCACCCCCCAUCGGUUCUCGCACGCGUCGAUCCAUAGACACGGUCCUGCCGGCGUUUUCCGACGUCGUUCCGCAGUCUCUCUCUCUCCCUCUCUCUCUUUCGCUCUCUCUCUCUCUCUUUCUCUUUCUCUGUCUAUACUAUUUCUCUCUCUCUCUCUCUCUUUCUCUCUCUCUUACUUUCUCGCCGGUGUUUCUUGAUCCCUGGGACAGCCCGGACCAGGCGACGGUCGCGAAGUGACAGAGCCUCGGCUCGCCUAGGAUGGAUCGCGAGGAUAGUGACCGGGACUCGUGAAGCCAGCAUCAUCGUCAUCGUCAUCAUCAUCGGUAUCAGCAACAGCAGAGCGUAGGUCGACCGCGGGGACACAGGAGGCUUGCUGUGCGACGAGUGCGACAUGUCCGUUGUGUAUCAGUGAGGAAACAGUGUGCGGAGGAACCGUCGUCGAGCUCUUGCGAAGAAAGAGAGAGAGAGACAGAAAGAGAGAGAGCGAAAGAGGGAGAGAGAGAGAGAGAAAGAGAGGACCGCGUCCCGGUUCCGCGAGUCUCUCCCAAGAUUUUCCGUCCAUUGCCGAACUAUGCGUGGUGCGAGAUGGUGUGUUCCUUGACCAGCAGCAACAACGCCGGCAGCAACACCACCAACGAUCGCAGCAGCAGCAACAACAACAACAACAACGACGAGGACGAGGACCAGCGGAACAGCACCGGCUCGAAGAAGGCCUGCGACGACACCGGUGACCCGUGCCCGGAGGGCCGGCCGCGAUCGCGAUCCGCUCCGGAACCGCAGCCGGAGAACAUGUCGUCGCUGAGCGACGCUCACAGACGGAACAGCCACCUGGAGGGCGACAGGAGCUCCUCGGCGGGAUCAUCCCUGGGCUCUUGCUCGCCGCCGCCGGCCUCCAGCCAUUCGCCGCCGCCGCCGAGGCCGCCCUGGCUCCACGAUUUCCACGCGGCCGCCGCGCCGCACGUUCUCCAAUUCCUGAACCUGAGCGCGGCCGGCGGCAGCAUGCUGGCCAGCCAGCCGCUCGCCGCCCUCCACUCGAUGGCCGAGAGGAGCCAUCACCAGCAGCAGCAACACCAGCACCAACAGCACCAACAGCACCAGCAACACCAGCAUCAACAGCAACAACAGCACGCUCACCAUCAACAGCAACCGCAGCCCGGCAUCCAGCUGCCCAGGAUCAGCGUGCCGUUGUCCACCAUCACCCAGGGCCAGCCGUCGCCGACCGGAAGCGGCAAACACAGUCCCGCCACCUCCAUCACCUCCGUCGGCAGCAAUCCCCAUGGGAUCGACUCGAUAUUGUCGAGACCCGCGGCCACGCACCCGCAGGCACCCGUCUCCGCGACGCACGCCGCGCUGCAACCCUCGCCGCACCCCCAGCACAUGACGACGCCUAGAUACGCCAUGCACGCGGGAUUCACCGCUUCCUCCGGUAUCGGACAAUUUCAACAAAGAACGGAGCCACGGCAUCCCGCUGUCUAUUGGCCGGGUCUUCAGGGAUUAGUCAGUGAUCCCCUGGCAUGGCGGGCAAGACUUCACACACUGUCGCAACAGCUGGGUUGUCAGCAGACGAUGACAGGCUCGGCCGGGACCGGGGAGCACGAGGGUGGCAAGAAGAAACACACGAGGCCGACGUUCAGUGGCCAGCAAAUCUUCGCCCUCGAGAAAACGUUCGAGCAAACGAAAUACCUUGCGGGACCGGAGCGAGCUAAAUUGGCGUACGCCCUCGGAAUGUCGGAGUCGCAAGUUAAGGUGUGGUUCCAAAAUAGGAGGACAAAAUGGCGGAAAAAGCACGCGGCCGAAAUGGCGACGGCGAAAAGGCGGCAAGAAGAGGUGGAGGGUGUGGUGGGCGAGGGUGAGGACGGGUGCAGCGACACGGAGGGCGACGGGAACAGCGAGACCGCCGCGAAAAGGCUGAGAAGGGAGCUCGAGCAACAGUACAGGCAUUAAACGAUGUAAAAAAGAGACGCGACGAUAUUGAAAAUAGGAGAGACGAGAGUGAGAAAGAGAGAGACGCGCGCGCGCGCGCUAGGUAGAGGCACCCCCGGUUCAAAAAUAGAUUAUCGCGCGGAGGAUCGAGGGUUACAAAAUUUGAUUCGACCGUCGGAAAAUCGAUUCCCGUUUAGCGCUCGGAAUCGCUUCGUUCGGGAAUGCUGAGAGAGAAUGAAAGAGAGAGAGAAAGAGAGAGAGAGAGAGAGAGAGAGAGAGAGGGAGAGAGAUUCGAGCGUGUCUCCGUUCCCGGAGAAACGGCGGGCUUGGUUCUUAUCAGAAAUCGAAUAGUAUCACGGUGACAUAAUGCUCAGAUCUUUCGUUCCGUUUCCUCCGUUCGUCGUCGCACGACCUACUCGAAGCAGGUUCUCGAUGUUCAUAGCAAAGCAACCGUCGUCGUCUGUAUAUAUUUGUACCAAGAUAUUCGUACGCUCGAUGACGAGGGAGCGAUCCGCGUCGACGGAGAAUGAUCGUCGUCCAUCUACGGAACUUUGUGCGCGAGAUAAACGAAGAACAUUUCGUUCUUCGAUCACCGCUUUUUGGCGAGCGAGAAUGGUGGAGCCGGUUACUGUGGUGUGGACCGAGAGCAAUCGCUUUGGUUUGAUUUCGGGCUUAACCCUUUACCGUACUUUGACUCGCGAUCAAGAUUUCCAGCAAUAACUUGUUAAUUAGGGAUGUUAUUCUGUUCUUUGAAAUUGGAAUAAAAUUCUAGUCUUUUGUUGUUAAUAUUUAAGCACACAAUACACAUCGAUUAAUAAACAUCAAUUGUCUUUCCCUUUUAAGAAGUUAUUGCAGUCGAAAUAUGUCUAGUCGCAAUGACUGUUAAUGAAUUAAUUAUUUAUUAAAGUUAACAAAGAAGGCGUACCAAAUGUUUUUAUCCGAAGAUGAACAAAAUAAAGGAAUAAUAUAAUUUAA